UCUAUGGUGCUCCGGCUUCGCCUCUACAGCGCCCUAUACCCUUCCUGGGGUCCUAUCUGCCUCUUUCCUAGGUCCUUUGCCUCGUGUUCCGGAAAUCCUGCCUCCUGCUGCACGAUGCCCCAGCUCGGACUCCUACAUGGGAGGGCCUGGGCUGUGCUGUUUGGCCAGCUCCGGCGACCGCCCGGUGCUGUAUGCAUCAGGGCAGUCCAUUCUCAUAGCCAGGUUGGUGGUACACAGGGCCAGAGAUACCACACGUUUGGCCAGUAUUGAGAGGAGCCAUAUCUCACAUUUCUUCUGCCAGGUUGCGGAGGCAGCGUUAGCAACCCAACUGAAACCACAUCAAGAGAAAUCAAAUUUUAUUAUCAAGACCCCAAAGGGCACCAGAGAUCUUAGUCCCGAGCAGAUGGUCGUGAGGGAGAAAAUUCUUGAUAUGGUUGUUAGCUGCUUUAAACGUCAUGGAGCAAAGGGGUUGGAUACCCCGGCAUUUGAGCUAAAGGAAAUGCUUACUGAGAAGUAUGGAGAGGACUCUGGGCUCAUCUAUGAUCUGAAGGAUCAGGGUGGAGAGCUAUUGUCCUUGCGCUAUGACCUUACUGUCCCUUUUGCUCGUUAUCUGGCCAUGAAUAAAGUGAAGAAGAUGAAACGCUAUCAUGUUGGAAAAGUGUGGCGUCGGGAGAGCCCAACCAUAGCCCAAGGCCGCUACAGGGAGUUCUGCCAGUGUGACUUCGACAUUGCUGGUCAGUUUGACCCUAUGAUCCCUGAUGCAGAGUGUUUGAAGAUCAUGUGUGAAAUCCUUAGUGGGUUGCAGCUGGGGGAUUUUCUCAUUAAGGUCAAUGACCGGCGGAUUUUGGAUGGGAUAUUUGCCGUCUGUGGUGUUCCUGAAAGCAAGUUCCAUGCCAUCUGCUCCUCGGUAGACAAACUAGACAAGAUGUCUUGGAAAGAUGUGAGACAUGAGAUGGUGGCAAAGAAAGGCCUGGCUGCUGAAGUAGCUGAUCGAAUUUGGGAUUACGUCCAAUGUCAUGGAGGGGUGUCCUUGGUGAAACAAAUGUUCCAGGAUCCCAGACUAUCCCAGAACAAGCAGGCCCUAGAGGGCUUGGGAGACCUGAAGCUGCUAUUUGAAUAUCUGACUUUAUUUGGAAUUGCUGAAAAGAUCUCCUUUGACCUGAGCCUGGCUCGGGGCCUGGACUACUAUACAGGAGUGAUCUAUGAAGCGGUGCUGCUACAGACCCCAGCUCAUGCUGAGGAGGAGCCACUGAAUGUGGGCAGUGUGGCUGCUGGUGGGCGCUAUGAUGGGCUGGUGGGCAUGUUUGACCCCAAAGGCCACAACGUGCCAUGUGUGGGGCUCAGCAUUGGGGUGGAGCGGAUCUUCUCCAUUGUGGAGCGGAGGAUGAAGACUUUUGGUGAGAAGAUACGGACCACAGAGACCCAAGUGUUUGUGGCCACACCACAGAAGAACUUUCUCCAAGAACGGCUGAAGCUAAUUGCAGAGCUUUGGGAUGCUGGGAUCAAGGCAGAGCUGAUGUAUAAGAACAACCCUAAACUACUAACUCAACUGCACUACUGUGAGAACACGGGCAUCCCACUGGUGGUCAUUAUUGGUGAGCAAGAACUGAAGGAAGGGGUCAUCAAGCUUCGUUCAGUGGCCAACAGGGAGGAGGUGGCCAUUACACGGGAAAAUCUUGUGGCUGAAAUUCAGAAGCGACUGUCUGAGUCUUGAUCCUUGCCUGAAUGCCAUCUGCUGCUCUUUGUAGAAAAGGUUUCAUCUAGGACUGACUUCCUGAGGGACUUCAUAACUGCUGGCCAGGAUGGGUGACAAGUGCCUCUGCAUCCUUCAUCCUUCCUGGGUGCAGAACUGUAGAAGGCCCUGAGGACUCCUGGGCUAGUGUGAGCAGCUAUUCUGCAUGGGCGCAGAUGGCUGGUACGUGACAGAGACAUGCUCUAACAUCCGAGGCAGAUGGCAGGUUUGAAAUGCCACUGAGUGCUGCCAACAGGUGCUGAGAUGGUUGCUAUGAGCAAAUCUCUGGGAAAGUCACCUCAGGUUGAGAGGAUUCUGACCAUUGAGAUCAAAAGUCAAAUACUUAGCCUUCUGCUCUGGCUUCUGAGCCAGUUUCUGGGAAGUUUGUCCAUAACCUGCCCUUGGCCUGUCCAGGUAGUUUUUGGGAGACAGCAAAGAGUUGGGCAAUGACUGUCUUCUGUUUUGUUUGAGGACAGAGAUGCUAUCCCAAGGGCAUAGCAGUGCCCAUAUUGAUGUGGCAUCUCUCUAGCCCAUCCAUUGUUAAUAAUAGCAGGGUGAGGCUGUCUGUUUAAUAAUCUUGAAUGUUGAACUUAAUAAGUGACCUGACAAGAUUGAGAUCUGAUCUUUUGAGAUUUUGGAGACCAUUACCUGUGCCAGAAUCACUGCUCUGACUUCCAUGUCCUGCCAUGGAGGUGCCUGUUCUAGAAGUGGUUGUAUAAUAUAUUAAAUAAAAUAUUAAAUAUA